GGUACGCUUUACACUGUGGGGAGCGGGCAGCUGACACACCUGAGGGAUGGGGCUGGCGGCUCUUGGCGGCCGCGUCUCCUCGGUCACGCCGCUCCCAGCCCGGUGUGCGAGCAGCGCCUGCUUUCCGCGGCUCCAGGUGUGUCCUGGCGCCGUGUGAGGCCUACGCGCUUUGUCAUCGCCGUACCCACAGAGGGGUCACGCAAGCACAGCCUGGAGGUUCCCCCGUCUGUAGGUUCUGCCACAUAACCCUCCUUUUUCCACUGGGGAAUGUGGCGUGCAGGUGGAGCUCAGGGCCUUGAGUUUGUUGCUUGAACCUUCUGGAUGUUUGGCAGGUCAGUUAAAGUGGUGAUUGAGCGUGGCAAGUGGGAGCCCGGUGAAUCGCCGUGCCGGCUCGGCUUCAAUGCUUACUAGUUCUUUACAGAAAUAAUACAGACCUGUGCCGGCCCCCUUGAGAGGCAAGACUGUCACAGAGACUGCAUUUUCUCAGUACGUGCUUGCUAUGUCCUCCACAAGAAUGCAGGUGGAUAUGCUUUUGUAUGCAGCGUCACUGUCCCAAAGGAUAGUCAGGGAAAGUCUGUGAGAGAUUAGCAAGAAAAGAUAUUCCUGUGUGGGACAGUCACAGAGCAGUAUCCUCCAUCACUGGAGAUACUGUAGUGCAGCAAGUGUUCACAUGUGUUGUUUUCAUUCCACAUCAGAAAAUAGGCUCUGCUUAAACACCAUCCCAGAGGAGGAUGAGGACAUAGGAGCUAAUAAAACAGCUGGUUUUUUUCCCCAGUCCUGUUUUUGAGUGGAGGCAGAGUAAUAUUUUUUUGAUAGGUGGGGGAUAGAGUCAGUUAUUCACAUAAUAUCAUACUUGCUUUCUAAUUUACAGAAAGGAGGAACUGAGAAGCCAGAGGUAUGCAUAAAACACAUAUAUCUUGAGAGGAGAGACCGUUGUGCCAACAGUGUUCUUUCUACCAAUUCUGAGGAGGAGAGAUAGUUUCUUCCAUAUCUGACAGUAGUGCUCUAUUCCAGGUAGUAAAGUCAAAUGCAGACAGUAAAAUCUGCUUGGUUUAGACAUUUGGAGAAUGAGAAUGGCAGGUUUCUCUCCCUUUGGCUAGUAGGUGAGAAAAUUCCUAGAGUAACAUGUUUUCUUGUCAGUUUUGCAAGUGACCAUGUUACUUAAAAUUUUCCUGUAAUACUUAACUACAGAUCUUUUUCAGAUAAAGAAAAAAAAUAUUUUCAUAUCCAGGAUAAAGAGCAUGUGACAUUUUGUUAAUACUUACUCCCAGAAAGUUGAGCUGUUCACAGAAAGCAGUAGAAUAAAUUCUCUAAUAGGAGAAACACAUUCUGUCUUGUUUGAUACCCCAUUUGUUUGUGGGCUGGGAUUUGCUGAAUAAACUACUUGGCACUUGAUUUGUGAUGAAAUGAUUACUGCUCUUUAUUGCAUACUGUCUAGACUUCUGGAAUACAAAGCAAAAUCCAAGAAAUUCUGACCAAUAAUUAGAUGGAUAAUGGCAUGACUACAUGUCACGGGGGUCAGUGCCAUCUUGCUUUGUUUGUGAUUGCUAGUCUCCGAAUCUUUCUGGAACUUACUGCCUUAUUCUUAGAAUGCAAUCUGUUUAUGACAAGGAUUAUUUUGUGUGCGUGUUUAUUUUUAGAAAGCACAUAACCAAGUGGUCUUGGUCCCUAACAGAAGUCUUUAGUUCCAAAACAAGAAACAUAAUAACAGAUUGCAGAUUUGAUUUAAAGUUGUAUUUGACUAGUUCUAAAUUACAAAUGCCAUCCAGCAUCUGUUCAGUUGGUGUUAAAUGAAUUAGUUGAGUUUGGUUCAUGUCACAGAAAACAAUCCUCGUGAUUGAAGUAUUUGCAUUUUUGUUGGUCAUAGUAGUAGUGAUGUCAGCAAUCAGUUUCUGCAUUGGAAAUUGGCCUAUGUUUAUCCUGUAAGAGAUUUCUAUCACUUGACAGAGUAACAGGUCAGUAGAGAACAGAGAUUGUUGAUGUAAUUAGUUUUUCAAGUGUUCACAUUUUAAAAUCAUGAUUUGUAAAUUAUUUAAGGUAUAUCAUAAAAUUCCAACUGAACUGAUGCAGCACUAUAGUAGUUUUUUACUAAAGAUGAGCAGUAAAUAAUGUGGCAGUCUUGCUUAAACCGUAGUUGUGGUAGGUGAUGUCUGCUUUUCUCCUGGGUGAGUACAUUUUAGUUGUGACCGUGGAGGGUCUGAGGGUCUGAUGUCAUAGGCUUGAAUAAGUUCUGCUUUUUUAUACUUUACCUUAAAAAUAUGCAUGCUGAUAAUGUAUUCAUUGUUUUUUCUAAGAUGCUUCAUGCUGAAAAUAGAAUAAGGCUCUCGGAGUGUCACGAUGAAAUAAAAACUGAACCAUAUUCUAAAAGGAUGAAGUCAGCAGAAGGGACUUACGAGAAACUCCCUGAUGAUGAUAACCAAGGUAUUCAGCAGGAGGUGGAUGCUGAGAGAACAUCAAGUGAUUGGAUACCAGCGUGUGCCUCAGAUAACCAAGGGCAACAUGAAAUGCAGAAGCAGGAGAAAAUACUGACUGGUGUCUUGGGAUCAUCGAAUGAAGUUCUCCUUGAAAAUAAUCCAGUGCUUAGUCAGCCAGUUGAUUUAGAAACUCUGCAGAAUGUAAAUCCUCCAUUUGCAUCGAUAAAUGACACUAAAGUUAAAGAAGAGAAAGACCCUUUUAUUACAAAUAAUGCCGGUGAAGAUAAUAGUAAAAAAAGUAGUACAUCAUUAUCAGUAAAUAGAAAUGCAUCAGAUGAAGACUUUUUUACAAGCACAGAAUUUAUAGGACCUAUUUACAAGCCUGCCAAAAGUAACAAACAGGGUGAAUCUGGCAGUUGCAAUGAAUGUAGAAGCAAUGGGGGAGAUGAGAAUGAAUUACAUGAAAACAGACCUAAAAGAAAGGAGGCUAAGAAGAUGCAGGCUGUUUCUGCCACUGUACCAGAAAUAGAUGAUGAACUGGACCAGUUCUAUAAAGAAAUUCAUCAGCUGGAAAAUGAAUGUUUAGAUACUAAUCCUCAGGGAAAAGAAAGUGAAAUUUUUCAGGAACAACAGUUUCCAUAUAACUGUAGUCAAAGCUCACAAGAGGAUUGUCAACACAUAUUGUUGGACAGCCCACAGCCAUUUUAUGAGAAUGGACAGUGUUUUCUUGGCGAACAGAACAGUCAGAAAACUAGCAAUGAGCAGCAGUUUGUUGUGGAAACAGAUGGCUGGAAAACUGAAAAUACCUUUAAUGGCCAAGUAGAUGCUAAAUGUUGGAACUGCUCAGUGCCUGAAUUCAGACCUGCUUGGCAGACUAGAGCAUCUUUUGUAUUACCUCAGGGUCCUCUUCUUCCUAGACUGAACCAUCAGUCCCGUUUUCAGACACUUAAUUCCCCACCACAAAUUCCAAAUGCUCUCCCUUUUCAGAGUGGGGAACUUUGUUAUGAAAAUCGUCGUACUUACUAUAGAAAUACUGAUAUCAACAAUCACGGUCCACUGCUUGAUCAAAAUACCAGCUAUGCUAGUCAUAUUGACAUCCAUACUACUCAGGUCUUCAGAAAUGAAAAUAAUGACCAGAAGGGACUCCAAAAUAAUGGUUUCUGUGAAACCAGAGAAGAGUGUUGGAAGGAUCCAAAAGUCGACAAUACAGAAGGAAUGUGCAGCUUUUCUUCCUUGCAGUUAUCUGAAGAAAGAUCUGGUUGUGCACAGAAAUUUCUUCUAAUCUUAAGAGGCCUACCUGGUUCAGGGAAAUCUACACUUUCUCGCAUUCUGCUUGGUCAGAGUUGUGAUGGCAUUGUAUUCAGCACCGAUGAUUACUUCCGUCAGCAGGAUGGAUACACGUAUAAUGCUGCUCAGCUUGGUGAUGCCCAUGACUGGAACCAGAAGAGAGCAAAGCAAGCAAUGGAGCAGGGAAGAUCUCCAGUUAUAAUAGACAACACUAAUACUCAAGCCUGGGAAAUGAAGCCGUAUGUGGAAGUGGCUCUAGAAAAAGGUUACAGAGUGGAAUUCCAUGAACCAGAUACUUGGUGGAAGUUUGAUCCUGAAGAAUUAGAAAAGAGGAAUAAACAUGGGGUCACUCGUGAGAAGAUUGCUCAGAUGUUGGAACGAUAUGAAUAUCAAAUAUCUAUACCUAUUGUCAUGAAUUCAGUGGUACCAUCCCACAAAAACACUCAAAGACCACCUCUGCAGCGAAGACAUAGGGAGACAAUUUUAAAGACGAUCACUGGGCACCCGUUGACGAAAGCAAAGCAGAAGAAAAAGCGAAAAAGAAACAAAACAAUGGAAACUAAUCACACAGAAAUUAUGAAGAAAAUGUUACAUGGAGUAGAUUGUUAUCCAACUCCAGGUGACCAGGACAGAUCAGAAAGUGAAGAGGAGGAUGUGGAAGAAGAAAACAGGAAAUCAUUGUGUACAUUCAGCAAAGGUCCAAAGGAUCCAGUAAUAGUUUGUGAAGAGCAGCCUAAAAGUGAUGAUGAAAGCCUAAGAGAAACUGCAGGGGUUUCAAGAGAAAGGUUUCUGGUUGCUGUGCCUGAGGUCUCAAUGAUGUCAAACAGUGCACUGAAAAACGAAUUGCCUGUAGAAAGUGACAGUUCACUCUUAAUAGAUGUAAAACUUUUUUCUACUGAAAACCUAACCAAAAAUGCGUUCAAUGAUGAGGAAGCAAAUCAAAGGCACAGAGAAAAUCUUUGCAGAAGCAGUUUCCUAAAAAUAAGCAAUGAUGAAAAUUCCAUCCGUGAAACAGAAGGCGUCUCUGAAGAUAAUGACACAUCACUGUUAAGCAUAGAAGAAAAAACGAAAUCGUGUCAAAUUACAUGUGAACCUGACUUGGAAGCUAAGCUGAUAAGUUUAAACAGUGAAGAAAAACAAAUCUCUCAGUGUUACAAUUCAAAGGUACGUGAUGUUGUGCCUGAUAAUAACACAGAGGGCAAAGGUGCAUUAAAAGCAGAAGAGACUAGCUCUAAUGCCUGGGCUUCUUUUUCAGUAAAUUUAUCUACUGAGGAAUUGCAGCUGGGCUUUGAUACACAAGUUUCUCUCUCUCCUUGGUCUGAGGAUAAAUUUGUAGGUGAACGAAGACCCCAAAAAAUGAGGAAACCUAAACCAACUCAGACAAACAGUUCACAGCUAAACUGCGAUCAGUCAAAAGAAGGAUUAGUAAAGGAAAAACGUUAUGAAACAGAAACUGAGGAGUUUGGCAACAUAAUAAGCAAUGGUAUGUCUGCAUCUCCAGCUGGUGAAGUGCACUUUGAUUCCCUUGUGGAAGCCAGGGCCACCUUCAUGCAGUGUUCGAGUGAAGUAAAUGUUCCAAUAAAUGAUGCUACACCAAUUACAUUGAAGAGGAAAAGGUGCAGGAGAAUUGUUAACUUAGCACCAAAGUUUAACCUACCAAGAGAGAUUGCUGAUCAUACAGAGGGAGGGAAGGAAGUCCCAGUAAAAGAAAACAUUCCCCAAAAAAGUGUUUUGGAAGUGAAGCAAAAGAACUUCCUAAGCAAGGACCGUGGAGAUGCACAUGAACAGGACUCUGCAUUGCAGGAAUAUUUUGUACCUUACAGUGACACCGAGGCAACCUCUUCCUUACCCACUCCUGAUGCUGAUGCUCUGUUACACAAUAUUUCUCACAUUCAUUCAGGACAAUGUUCUCCGGUAUCAAAAUAUUCCUGCAGUGUUUGUGUAGCUUCCAGAACAAAGGAGGAGCAAACUACAACUCUUAAGAUGCAAGAGGUAGUUGAUAAAAAAGAGGAUGAGAGCGAACAAGUUUCUUCAGAGGUUACAAAUGGCCAACCAGAUAUUUUGUCUUCUGUUAAAAUUGUUUCGGAAUAUCCAGAAGAUUCCAGUAUAUUGGCAAGCUGCAGUGAAAAGGUGAAUGAAGCAGAUGACCCUGAACCAGCAGAGGCCUCACAACCUGAAGAUAAUCAAGAUAUGGACGUGAAAUGCAGUUUUCUGGGACUUCCCUUAUCAUUAGGAUUUGCCUUUCAACUUGUGCAACUCUUUGGUUCUCCAGGUCUUCCACUGGAAUCCUUGUUGCCAGAUGAUUUUAUAGUUCCUCUUGACUGGAAAGUUUCAAAGAUGAUCUAUUUACUGUGGAAGACCUCUGUGGAGGAAAAAGAGAAAGCAAAUGGAUUGCAGAAUGGAAACAGCUUGACUGAUGAUAUGAUUAGUCUUGAAGAUCUAACUAAAAAUCACCAAGAGAAUCAAGAUUCUUCUGAAACACUUCCAGGCAUGGAGCUGUUUCAAGGGAUGAUAGAAGAUAACAUCAUGACCUGCACCAGCACUGGCUGUCUGGAUGCUGCAUUUCAUCAGUCAUGACUGACUAUCUUAAAUUCUGCAUGAGCAGAAACUUCUCACUUUGAUUCCACCAUGGAAGGACUUCAGUUGGCCACUAAGGAUUUUAAAUGGGAGGGAUAACCUGGAAGAAAGAAACCACUGUAGAUUUUUUUUUCUUUGUCUGUCUUCUCUCCCACAGGCCCCCAGUAUCAACCUUUCUGUCUAUGUAAUAAUGAUCAAAAUUGAGAUGACUUUGGGUAUGGCAAAAUGUCACUUUCUGAAGCCAUUUGGGAUUUAUACUUUCUCUGUAUAACCUCAAGUGCGGUACAAACAGUUUGAGAGUGGAGACCAGAAGCAUUUGUUGCCAUGGAGGGGCGAGCUUCAAGCUCUGGUAUUUAAUUUACUUGUGUGGGAAUCCAAGAUGUUGCCACACAGUGAUGCUUGCCUGCAGGGAAAGGUGCCUGUUACAUGUGCCUGCUUCUGCCUUUCACCCUGUCAGUCAUAAUUACAUCCUAGUCCCUUUACAACCUCAAGUGAAAUAAAUCUUCAUCAGUCACUCCUAAUCAUUCAUCCAGGGGUAUGCAACUUACCUUCUUUUCUCCUGAAAUGAGGCUUUAUGCUUCCCUUUAUGCUUCCCUUCAGCUAGACUCAUUUGGGACUACAGAAAUAAGAAAAUUUCACUAUAGACCUGAUUCAAAUACACUGGAGGAAGGUUGUAUAUGGGUUGUGUUAGACUGAGAAGAUGUAUAACUAGCACUAGUAACUAGUGAUUUGAUGUUUCUGUUAGAGGAAUUAGAAAUAUUUACAUAUGUAGAGUGAGCUAAAUUAUAAUUAAUUAUAAAGAGUAACCUCUGUCAAUUAUGAGGCAUCCAUAAGGCUGGACAUUUCUUUGUAGGGAGAAGGAGAGACAUAAAAGACAACUGUCACCUCACUUAACGGUGAAAAGUGUGACAAAAGAUUAAUGAGAAGAAGAGAAGCAAGGAAACUUAGGUUGUGUCUACUUAUCAGAAAUAUUUCUCACCUCCGCAGCUUGCAGAUCCAGAAUAUUUAUCCAUUUGUUCAUUCAACUCCUCUUCCUCACCUUUCCCUGCACCUGUUUCAUUAUGCACCAGUUGAUGAUCCAGGACCUGACUGCACUCAUGCUGAAGCUCCACUGCAGCCUAAAUUGCCAAUGUGUCCCCACUUUCUACCUAUAUACUGCAUCUACAUGUGAGCAGUCAACAAUGUAUGCAUUUCUAAAUUAAUGUUGUACCAUUGGUGAAAUUUACUGGCCACACUGUCUUAAUACAUUUGCCAAGUACAUGUGUGUGUUUUCCUUGGCUGGGAAUGUACUGCUCUCCUACCAGCAGAACAUUAUACAAAAUGUAAUGGGGAGGUGGAAGGUAAUUCAUGUCAGUGCUAACUGCAGCUUCAGACUUAGCUGAGGUACCAGUGGCAGCAGAAAAGUUAGUUUGAUUUCAAGAAAAUGUCACUCAAGGAUUAAUCCUGUAUUCCUGCUUCCGUUUACUGAGACAGAAAUCUGAAUGCCUUUAUUUUCUCUUACUGGAUAAUGACCUUACAGAAGGCUUAAACUAAAAACAGUUUUCAAAAUCUCGCAAAAUCAUGCACAAAUCAUGUUAUGCCUCUAGGAGGUUGUUGUCAAUUUAAGUUUACUUUAACUCUCCCCUCCACAGUAUCUAUGAAUUUCAAAUUUUAUGUAUCUUUUUUCCUGCCACUUUUUUCCCCACUUGCUUCAGCUUCAAUUAGCGUUGGUGUGCCAUGUGCCCAGGAGCUAAGCUUUCUCCCUGUAUGUGAACCCUCUCCUUAGCACUAUUGGCAAACAUCAGAACCUAAGGCUUCAGCCUUGAGGUUUGGUGGCAGUGUGUCCCUGUGGCAUAGCUGAGGCUGGCUUCUAACCAAGCUGGGAUUGACGCCAUGUGUAGUUCUAAGAGGGAGAGUGUGGUACCACACAAACUAUUUUUGGGCUUACUAGAAACUAUAAUUUCUUUUGCUUCUGUGGUGAUCGAAUUAAUGCAGAUCAGGUUUUCUUCAGAGGAAAUAAAUCUUGUUAAACUUA